GUAGAAAGAACUUUUUGUCCAGCGGCUGCUGGAGUAUCCCUGGCUGUGAUCGCUUGAACGUAAUGAGAAGAAUGGCCGGUUUUCAUUUAUAAAUUAGUUAGCCGGGCUCGGCGCUUGUGGACAAGAACCGACAAACUUGCAAAUAUGCAAAUAAAAAGAAUGCAGAUCAAAGAUAACUGAAAAAAGCACCGUAUAGCGCCAUUGGCGUAUAGAGGAAGGUAUUUCAGUCGAGAACUGCGGGAAAGGGAAUCUAAAUUUCCAAACUGGCAAACCUGCUGAAAAAUCACCUCCAGUUUAAAUAUGGCUUUGUCCUGGAGAAGCUGGAUCGCGAACGAAGGUGGCAAACAUAUAAUUCUGGUUGUGUGGCUCGGCGCGAAUACGUGGUUGUUCUGGAGAACAUUCAUAUUAUACUACAGUAGUCCGCAAUACUAUUAUCUUCACAAGAUGCUUGGGCUAGGAUUGUGUAUUAGCAGAGCCUCGGCAUCCGUCCUCAACCUCAACAGCAGCCUGGUACUCCUGCCCAUGUGCCGCUCCAUGCUGACUUGUCUCAGAGGCUCUCACAAGCUGAUGAGCAGGAAAGGCAGGCGGCUCAUGGAUAAAAGUAAGACCUUCCACAUGGCCUGCGGCGUCGCCAUUUGUGUCUUCUCAGCGGUCCACGUGUCGGCCCACUUGGUGAACGCUCUCAGCUUCUCUGUCAGGUACUCGGAGGAGUUCCCCUCUCUCAACGUUGCACGCCACAGGGGAGAGGAUCCUCGGAUUAUUAUCUUAACCACUGUCCCGGGGGUCACUGGCGUCCUUCUGGUACUCAUCCUCUUCCUGAUGUUCACAGCCUCGUCCUACUGCAUAAGAGUCUCCAGCUAUGAAAUAUUCUGGUACACACACAACCUCUUCAUUGUCUUCUAUGUCGUGCUGUUGGUGCAUGCCAUUGGGGGUGCUCUGAAAUACCAGACGAAUGUGGACACUCACCCUCCUGGCUGUUUUAGGCCAAACAGAACAGACCCAAAGACCGGGUCUAGUGCACACCCUGAGCAGGAGCCUGUUCUUGGGGCUUCUGAGCUGCCUGUGGGCGGGGACGGCUUCAACAGCAUCUGCAAAGAGGAGGCUCGCUUCCAGGCCCACUUUCCUGAGACUUGGCUGUGGGUGUCAGGCCCGCUGUGUCUGUACUGUGCUGAGAGGCUGUACAGGUAUGUCCGCAGCAGCACACCUGUCACCAUUGUGUCAGUCGUCAGCCAUCCCUGUAACGUCAUUGAGGUGCGCAUGGUGAAGAACAGCUUCAAGGCCAGGCCUGGUCAGUAUAUUGUUUUGAACUGUCCCAGCGUGUCAUCACUUGAAGGCCACCCCUUCACUUUGACAGCGUGUCCUACAGAGAGGAAGGCGACGUUUGGAAUCCAUCUUCGUGUCGUAGGAGACUGGACUGAGCGGUUCACAGAACUCUUGCUUCCUGAUCCGAGUAUGGAUUCAGAGAUUCUUCCUAUUGUCAAUCAAAGAAGAUAUCCCAAGUUGUAUAUUGACGGGCCCUUUGGGAGUCCAUCUGAGGAAGUGUUUAACUACGAGGUCAGCCUCUGUGUGGCGGGUGGGAUUGGAGUCACUCCCUUUGCCUCCGUGCUGAACGCACUGCUGGACGAGUGGCAGCGGUACAAACUCAGGAGGAUCUAUUUCAUCUGGGUCUGCAGGGAGCUCCAGUCUUUCUACUGGUUUGCUGACCUGCUGUGUGCACUGCACCAAAAGCUCUGGCAGGACAAUCGUCCAGACUACUUCAACAUCCAGCUGUACCUCAGCAAUGCAGAGGGCUUGCAGAAUAUGUCAGAGGAACGGUACCGGGCCCUGAGUUCCAGGCUUCUGAUUGGACGUCCUAGGUGGAAACUGCUGUUUGAGGAGAUUGGGAAGGCCAAUAAGCACAAACGUGUUGGUGUCUUCUGCUGUGGGCCAAAAGGAAUUUCAAAAACACUACACAAACUCUGCAACUCCAACCGCUUCUUUGGGACCACGUUUGAAUAUAACAAGGAGUCGUUCAGCUGAGACUGUGUGAGGAGGACACUGUACACUGAAGUGCAAUGACAGAUGAGAGGAGAUGCAGUCUUUUAUUAGAGAAUGGGAGCAAAGUGUUACCUUAUUACACAGAGAUGGACUUAUUCAAAGAAAUGGUAAGAAAUGUGUCGCAGUUUUAGUGAAUUUCAAUCCAAAGUUUCUACUUUGUAUUAAAGGUAGAAGAAAUGUGGACUGUAGGGCAUUAUUUCCUGAAGCCCAAAGAGUGCAACCAAUUUUUAAAGUAUCAAGAUCUUAAAGUGCAAUUGGAAUUUGUAUUUUUUUCAAAAGCUUUUCAGCUUGAUCUUUUCUACUAUUGUGAAAAAAAUGUUAAUACUAAGUCU